AAGAGCCACGCCCGGUUAGCUCAAUCGGUAGAGCGUGAGACUCUUACGAGUACGCGAUCUCAAGGUUGCGGGUUCGACCCCCGCAUCGGGCUGUUCCUAUAUUCGAUUGCGAGCGUAUGCGAGGCUUUCCUUUUUGCAUUUUGUUUCAUCCUUCCCGCUAAUUCCUCAAGUUCAUCCCACGUGCAUUGUUGGAUGGUUAGAAGAAAGUUGGUGUCGCGUAAUACUGCAAUCAUUUUGAGUUUAUCUUUAUACUUGGAACGAAUUUUGAGUUUAUGCUCCGCGGACCCCGCCUCGGUACAGUUGAGGCUGUGAUAUCGCCAUUUCCGGAGCGACCCAAUCAUUUCAUCUUUAUGCACAUCAACAUAAUCUUCGAGGAUAAGCAUGCGCAUAGAAAAGUUUCCCUUAUCUCCGCCUAGCUUGGAAGAAGUGGCAGCUAAACUUCAAGCACCCUUGGCAGCCAAUUAUGAGCACUCCACCGUGAGCGUUGUGUCCUGUCCGGAUCUUCGGCAAGCGCCUUAUUAUCUAGCCACCGAGGGGCUAUCAGGAGAUGAGAGGAUCGCUGAUGUUGGAGGCCAACCGAAUCUGUUUCCGCGUCCGAAGAUGGAUUGCGUUUGGUCCAUGACUGAGCUUGCGGAGGCUAUGGAGAUGGAUCCUGCGAAAGGAGGAUUACUUGGUGCUGGAGCUGGACCGCAUCACAUUGUUGGUCAUAACUGCGAACUUGCGCCUAAUAUUGGAUGGCAAGACAGCUUUGAAAAUGUCAAGAAUGAGAGUCGUUAUGCAAAGAUCGACAAAGAGACAAGCGCUGUACAUGUCGACAAGAGCUCAUCUCUUGACUGCGCUUUGAUGAUCAACCUGUUUGGCUCCUCAGGCAAUCCGGGACCAGUGAUCAAGAUCACAGCUCGAAAGAGGACUGGCUCCGAAAGAAGUUUUGCAGAGUGUAUCCGAAAAGGUCUUCAUCAAGCAUAUGGUGAAGAGCAGACUGUCAGUCUCGGUGGACUCUUCUUGGUCAAGAAAGGGAAAGCAAAGUACCAUAUCAUGCCCGACUUCCCAACUGAGAAGAACCUGCCAUUCAAGAGUCGCAAGGAUGUCGAUAACUGGCUGACCUUUCAUGCCUUUGAUGCACCAAUGCUCUGCUUGUCGGUUUUGCAUUCUGCUGAUCCUAAUGGGAAAAUGAGCUUGCGUGUUGAGCAUACGCAUUGUUACGCUGCAGAUGGGAAGAAUUCUGGAGGUCAUUAUCAUUAUGAUUUAGAUGAUACGGAGGAUGAUAUUGAAUAUGAGGCGUAUUUCAAUACCGCUAAAACGGUAUAUCGACUGGACAGGCCGACCUGAUUCUGGCGAGCUUACCCUGAACCUCAGCCUGGAGUCUCUGAAAUUCUGUUCUUGCUCCCCCCCGCAGCCCCUCAUAAGGGGGUCGGUGAGCCGUAGCAGAAAUUGUAUGCGAAAUAUCAGAUUACGUUCUGUUCAUUGCUGUUGUUCAUGAAAGUCAAUGGUAUCAAACCAUUGGGAAUAACGCCGUUCAGCAGGUAAACGGUGUACAUGGUCUGGAUUUGUUUCAACAUCUUCAACCAAUCAUAAGUCGUUGCGGGCGAAUGGUUUAGUGGUAUAAUACUCCCUUAGCAUGUUCUCUCCACGAGAUCACCUUCUGGGAGUGGUCCAGGGUUCGAUUCCC